ACAGUGGCUAUCAAGAAAAGGUCCAGAGUUCCUGGGGUUAUGAUCACUCAGUAUGUUGAGGUACUGCCUGCAGGAAAGUCAACACCUGACUUCACCCGGAAGCCUAUGGCUGUAACUGUUCAAGAGGGUAAAAAAGCGAUGUUCAAAGCUAUGGUUAGUGGAGAGCCGGCACCAACUGUAACAUGGGGGCGUAAAAAGGGCAACAUUGAUGACCCAGAAAAGUUCAAAACCAGAUAUGAUCAAAGAGCUCAAGAGCACAUUCUUGAGAUACUCACUGUAAAACCUGAUCAAGCAGACACCUACAAAUGCUUUGUCACCAAUGAGUAUGGACAGGCUGUCUGCACUGCACCUCUCAGUGUUAUUGAAGUUGGCAUCAAGAAGAAAGGCAAAGCAGAUGGACAAACACCACAAGAUUUCAGAUCGAUGCUUAAGAAAACUGUUGUUGUCACCAGAAAAAAACAACUCCCACCAAAAAAAGAGGGAGAAAUUGAUCCUAAGCUCUGGGAACUGCUUCUCAGUGCACCAAAGAAGGACUAUGAAAAAAUCUGUUUGGACUUUGGCGUUACUGACUUUCGCUGGAUGCUGAAGAGACUCAACCAGAUGAAAAAGGAAAGGAAAGAUGAGCAAGCAAAGGUUGUGGAGAAACUGGAAAAUGUGAAACAAAUAGAAGUAAAACCCAAUGGAAAAGCCGAAUUUAGCCUCGACAUGAAACUAUGGGAUCCCAACAGUACAAUUAACUUAUACAAGGAUGGAACAUUGGUUCCAUAUGGUGAUGAUGAAAAUUCAAAACACAGCCUUAAGAAAACAGGGACAAAGUAUGUUUUCAGCAUCAAAAGUCCUCAGCCAGAAGAUUCUGGAUUUUACCAGGUUGAUGUUGAAGAGGCCAAUGUCCUUGCAACUGACUUUCAAGUGCCUGCUGUGGACUUCAUAGCAAAGAUUAAAGAUGUGAAGGCCUUUGAAAGUGAGGACGCCAUCUUUCAAUGUCUCUUGUCAACACCCCUCAACAGAAUUACCUGGUCAAAACAGGACUCGUCACUUGAACAUGGUGGGAAAUAUGAGAUCACUGUCUCAGAGGACAAACUUAUUCACACGUUGAGAGUUAAAGAUUGUAAAAUGGCAGAUAAUGGAGCAUAUUAUGCUAUUGCUGGGAUAACUUCCAGCAGUGCCUCACUCACAGUGGAAGCUAAUUCAAAUGGUAAAGGCCGAAAGGGCUCCCAAGCUGGGGAUCAAGAUGACCUGACAAAACUAGCACUGGAACAGAAGGCCAAGCUCCAAAAAGAGAAAGAUGACAUGGAGGCAGCCAGACGAGCACAGGCUGAAAGGGAUGCUGCAGAUGCAGCACUGGGGGAUGGAGGGGAUGGAGGAGAUGGAGAUGGAGAUGGUGAUGGUUCUGGUGAUGUGUCUGGUGAUGUGUCUGGUGAUGUGUCUGGUGAUGUGUCUGGUGAUGUGUCUGGUGAUGGUUCUGGUGAUGGUUCUGGUUCUGGUGAUGGUUCUGGUGGGAAGACUGAUGGAAACGAGGGAGAUGGAGGUGACAAGAAUAAGAACCUCCUGACAGAUGAAGAUGGUGAAAAUAAAAAGGAUCAUACAGAUAAGAAAAAGAAGCAAUUACGAACUGGCCCUUUGGUUCCUGAUACUGUUACAGAUCGAGGCGUUCAGUUUGUCAGUGGGCUGUCCGAUACUGUUGCUAAUAUUGGUGAACGGGCAGAGCUAUCUUGCAAACUAACAAGUGAGACCUCUGAGGGACGUUGGUAUAAAGAUGGGAAGCUGAUAACCAAUGAGGAUGGGGUAAUAAUUAUCAAAGAUGGAGCCUGUCACACGUUGAUAAUUGAUUGCUGUAAAAAAGAUGAUGGAGCUGUGUACCGCUUUGAAGCUGAAGGCCGUAAAUCAGAAGCAAUACUUAAUAUUCAAGACCCACCAAAAAUCGACGCUGAGGCUCUAGGAAAUUUCACAAAGCCAGUCAUUAUAAAGGCAGGUGAAAAUGCAGAAUGGAAGCUGCCAUUCUCAGGUGCGGGACCAAUGAAUAUACAAUGGUACAAGGAUGAUGACGAGCUUUUGCCUGCUCUCAAUGUGAAGAUUGAAAUAUCAGCUACUGAGAGCAGACUACACCUUGCUAAGUGCCAAAGGAAAGAUGGUGGAGAGAUCAAAAUAAAAAUAAAAAAUGAAUUUGGUACAACAGAAGCAAUUUCCAAACUUAUAGUACUGGACAAACCCACACCACCACAAGGACCUGUGGACAUUAUGGAAAGUGCUGUAACAUCUGUUGAGUUCAAAUGGAAACUGCCAAAACAUAGUGGUGGAUGCCCGAUCACAAGCUAUAUCAUAGAACGCCAACAAGUCGGGCGCAAUAAAUGGUCAAAUCUCGGUGAGAUCCCUGGCAGCAACCCAAGUUACAAAGAUUCAGAUGUGGACCCUGGAAGGAGAUACUGCUACCGGAUCAGAGCCAAGAAUGCAGAAGGCGUCAGUGACUACCUGCAGACAGAGGACAUACCUGCUGGUGUAUUACGUUAUCCUGGACCCCCGACAGCACCUAAAGUGAUCAGUGCCUUUAAAGACUGCAUCAAUCUGACAUGGUGUCCUCCAUGUGACACUGGAGGGACCAAAAUAGUGGGAUACAAUUUGGAAAAGAACAAGAAAGGCACUAAUUACUGGAGCCUCGUAAACCAAGGAGGGCCCAUUACAGGCACAAAGUAUGCAGUGAAAGAUGUUUUUGAAGGGGCAGCAUAUGAAUUUAGGGUGUCUGCUAUCAACCUAUCCGGUGCUGGAGAUCCUAGUAUUCCAUGUGACACAGUAAUUGCAAGAGAUCCAAUGAAACCCCCAGGCAAAGUCACAGACCUGAAGUUAACAUCCUCCAAUUACACGACAUUUUCACUGGCUUGGACUAAACCUAAGGAAAUCAAAGGAGUAGAGGAGGAAGCCCAAGGGUACUACGUGGAGAUCAGACCAAUAGAGAGCCUUGAAUGGACCCGCUGUAAUGCCAUCCCAAUUACUCUAACUUCCUACACCGUGCUUGGCCUGAAGGCAAUGGCUACAUACUGGGUGAGAGUAAUUGCCACCAAUUAUGGAGGUGAUGGAGAACCUCAGGGCUUUGACAAUUACAUCAUUGCCAUGCCUCCUCCUGUAAGGCCAAAGUUUAAAGAUCGCAACAUGAAGAACUUUGUGGUGGUAAAAUCUGGGAACACAGUCCGUCUGAACGUCAACUUUGAGGCCUCCCCCCUGCCAGAAAUUUCUUGGCUAAAAGAUGGUAUUCCGGUGCCCAAACACGUAACAAUUACUAACUCUGAUAAAGGCUCUCAACUGUUAAUCCCAACAUCCGAGCGGCCUGACAGUGGCAUCUACACCAUCACUGUCAAGAACAUGGUUGGCCAGGAGAGCUUUAAUAUUGAAAUCAGAGUUACAGAUGAUCCAAGGGCUCCAGGUCCAGUGGAGCUGGAUCAGAACAUCCCAGGAACAGUGACUCUGUCCUGGACUCCCUCUCCAGAUGAGAGAAGGGAUGACAGACUGCACUACAUGGUAUCCAAGCGGGACUCCUUCAAACGCACUUGGAGGACAGUGGCAGACAAUCUCUUCAACAAUAAGUUCACAGUUGUCAACAUUCUGCCUGGACGAGAGUAUUACUUCAGGGUAUUUGCUAAAAAUGACAUGGGUCUUUCACCGCCUUCUGAAUCCCCUGUGUUUAAAACCAAAAAGGAAAAAGGAAAAUUCAAAGUCAACACGCCAGUGACAAAACCCUUAGAUUUCCAGUCACCUCCAGCAUUUAUUGUUCCCCUGAAGAGACGUACUGCUCCACAGGGUUACGAGUGCUACAUGAGCUGUGCAGUUAAGGGUGAUCCAGCUCCACGCGUAACCUGGUACUGCAACAAUAUCAGCCUGAACACAAACACCAACUACCAUAUCACCAAUGUAUGUGGAGUCUGCUCCAUGCUCAUACUGAGGGUAGGGCCCAAAGACAACGGGGAAUACAAAGUCAUUAUUGAGAACAAACUGGGGAAAGCGGAGUCCUCAAUGACACUCAGUGUCAGAGAGUGAAGAGGAGUUGCAGCUGCUGGACAGAAGCUGAACCAAC